AUGGCGCCAAAGAGCGCCAAAAAAGAGUCCUCCACGAAAAAAUAUACCCCGCAACAAGCCAGCAACCCAAAUUCCAACCACAGCAAUAACAACAACAGCAGCAACAACCCCCCAAACUGGCCAGACCUAAAACCCCUCGUCCCCGCCUCAGAUCUCCAUCUUGAAACCCUCCUGGACGACCAGAUCCUCAUAAUCCGCAACCUCUUCACCGCAACCCUCUGCAAAACAUACGUCUCCUUCCUCUCCACGCUGCCACUCGUCACGACCCCGGGACGGCCCAAGAAGGACGAGGCUGUGCGCGUCAAUGACCGGUUCCAGGUGCAUGAUUCGGCAUUUGCGGAGCGGUUGUGGAGUUGUACUGCAUUGAAGGGAUUGGUUCUUGGGGAGGGCGGUGGGGACGGAGCAGGAGGGCUCUCGUGGGGAGGGGAGGUACUGGGUUUAAAUCCUAACAUUCGGAUCUAUAGGUAUGGGCCCGGACAGUUUUUUGAUAAGCAUUAUGACGACUCCGUCCCCCUCACCAUCCUCCCAACCAUCGCCGCCAAAACCACCUGGACCCUCCUAAUCUACCUCACAACCUGCGCCGGUGGCGAAACCGUCUUCUACCCCGAAACAGAAGAAGAAGAAGAAGGAGAAGAAGCAGAGCACGCGCAACCUCCAAGGCAAAACGCAAACCCAAAGUCGAAACCGACACCGAAACCGAAACCGAAAUCGAAACCGAAAUCGAAACCGAAAUCGAAACCGAAAUCGAAAUCGAAAUCGAAAUCACCGCGCCAGCGGGCGCCUAUAGUCGUCGGGCUGGAGACGGGCAUGGCGCUGCUGCAUCGACAUGGGGAGCGGUGCUUGCUGCAUGAAGGGCGGGAGGUGGUGGGUGGGGAGAAGUGGGUUAUUCGGAGUGAUCUGGUUGUUAGGAGGUAG